GCGGCGGGAGCUGGCGCGGGAGCGGCGGGAGCGGCGGCGGAGAGGCGGCGGCUCCAGCUCCGGCUCCGGCUCCGGCUCGGGCUCCGGCUCCGGCUCCGGCUCCGGCUCGGGCGGCGGUGGCGGGAGCAGGUCCCGGUGGCGGCGGCGACGGCAGAGGAGCGGGAGCGGCGGCCCCGGCGGCUUGGGGGGGACAUGCGGACCGACGGCCCCUGGAUAGGCGGAAGGAGCGGAGGCCCGGGUGCCCUGCCCUCAGUGCUGGUUGUCCAGCAAGAGUGACUGGCGUGAGCAAGCAAAGACCUGGUAGAUUGUCCUGGGCUGUGGCUGGCCGUGGUGCUGGAGCCCUGGAUGGCCCCUGAGCCAGCCCCAGGGAGGACGAUGGUGCCCCUUGUGCCUGCACUUGUGAUGCUUGGUUUGGUGGCGGGCGCCCAUGGUGACAGCAAACCUGUCUUCAUUAAGGUCCCUGAGGACCAAACUGGGCUGUCAGGAGGGGUGGCAUCCUUCGUGUGCCAAGCCACCGGGGAGCCCAAGCCACGCAUCACAUGGAUGAAGAAGGGGAAGAAAGUCAGCUCCCAGCGCUUCGAGGUAAUUGAGUUUGACGAUGGGGCAGGAUCUGUGCUGCGGAUCCAGCCGUUGCGGGUACAGCGGGACGAAGCCAUCUACGAGUGCACCGCCACCAACAGUCUGGGAGAGAUCAACACCAGUGCCAAACUCUCGGUGCUUGAAGAGGAACAGUUGCCCCCCGGGUUCCCCUCCAUCGACAUGGGGCCUCAGCUGAAAGUGGUGGAGAAGGCACGCACAGCCACUAUGCUGUGUGCCGCAGGUGGGAAUCCGGACCCCGAGAUCUCUUGGUUCAAGGAUUUUCUCCCAGUGGAUCCUGCCACAAGCAACGGCCGCAUCAAGCAGCUGCGUUCAGGGGCCUUGCAGAUUGAGAGCAGUGAGGAGUCGGACCAAGGCAAGUACGAAUGUGUGGCGACCAACUCCGCAGGCACGCGCUACUCGGCCCCCGCCAAUCUGUAUGUUCGAGUGCGCCGUGUGGCUCCUCGUUUCUCCAUCCCUCCCAGCAGCCAGGAGGUGAUGCCAGGCGGCAGCGUGAACCUGACAUGUGUGGCCGUGGGCGCGCCCAUGCCCUACGUGAAGUGGAUGAUGGGAGCUGAGGAGCUCACCAAGGAAGAUGAGAUGCCAGUCGGCCGCAAUGUGCUAGAGCUCAGCAAUGUGGUGCGCUCUGCCAACUACACCUGCGUGGCCAUCUCCUCGCUGGGCAUGAUAGAGGCCACAGCCCAGGUCACGGUCAAAGCUCUACCAAAGCCUCCAAUUGACCUUGUGGUGACAGAGACGACUGCCACCAGCGUCACCCUGACCUGGGACUCGGGGAACUCGGAACCUGUGUCCUACUACGGCAUUCAGUACCGUGCUGCGGGCACGGACGGUGCCUUCCAGGAGGUGGAUGGCGUGGCCACCACCCGCUACAGCAUUGGCGGCCUCAGCCCUUUUUCGGAGUAUGCCUUCCGUGUGUUGGCGGUCAACAGCAUUGGGCGAGGACCCCCCAGCGAGGCAGUGCGGGCACGCACAGGGGAACAGGCACCCUCCAGCCCACCCCGCCGUGUCCAGGCACGCAUGCUGAGUGCCAGCACCAUGCUGGUGCAGUGGGAGCCACCUGAGGAGCCCAAUGGCCUGGUGCGGGGCUACCGCGUCUACUACACACCUGAUGCCCGCCGCCCCCUGAGUGCCUGGCACAAGCACAACACGGACGCAGGGCUCCUCACCACCGUGGGUAGCCUGCUGCCCGGCAUCACCUACAGCCUGCGCGUCUUGGCUUUCACCGCUGUGGGUGAUGGCCCACCCAGUCCCACCAUCCAGGUCAAGACACAACAGGGAGUUCCCGCCCAGCCCGCGGACUUUCAGGCCGAGGCGGAGUCGGACACCAGAAUCCAGCUCUCGUGGCUGCUACCCCCUCAGGAGCGGAUCGUCAAGUAUGAGCUGGUGUACUGGGCAGCAGAGGACGAAGACCAGCAGCACAAGGUGACCUUCGACCCCACCUCCUCCUACACCCUAGAGGACCUGAAGCCUGAUACGCUGUACCACUUCCAGCUGGCUGCCCGCUCCGACAUGGGGGUGGGCGUCUUCACCCCCACCAUUGAGGCCCGCACAGCACAGUCCACCCCCUCCGCCCCUCCCCAGAAGGUGACCUGUGUGAGUGCGGGCUCCACCAUCAUCCGGGUAAGUUGGGUCCCGCCACCGGCCGACAGCCGCAACGGCAUUAUCACCCAGUACUCGGUGGCCUACGAGGCAGUGGACGGCGAGGACCGGGCACGUCAUGUGGUGGACGGCAUCAGUCGCGAGUACUCCAGCUGGGACCUGGUGGGCCUGGAGAAGUGGACGGAGUACCGGGUGUGGGUGCGGGCGCACACGGACGUUGGCCCCGGCCCAGAGAGCAGCCCGGUGCUGGUGCGCACAGAUGAAGACGUGCCCAGCGGGCCACCGCGGAAGGUGGAAGUGGAGCCGGUGAACUCCACUGCCGUGCGUGUUUCCUGGAAGCUGCCCGUUCCCAGCAAGCAGCAUGGCCAGAUCCGUGGCUACCAGGUCACCUAUGUGCGGCUAGAGAAUGGCGAGCCCCGUGGCCCACCCGUCAUCCAGGACGUCAUGCUGGCUGAGGCCCAGGAAACCACCAUCAGCGGCCUGACACCAGAGACCACCUACUCCAUUACUGUCGCCGCCUACACCACCAAAGGGGAUGGUGCACGAAGCAAGCCCAAAAUUGUCACAACAACCGGGGCAGUCCCAGGCCGGCCUACCAUGAUGGUCAGCACCACAGCCAUGAACACCGCGCUGCUCCAGUGGCACCCACCCAAGGAGCUGCCCGGCGAGCUGGUGGGCUACCGGCUGCAGUACCGCCGGGCGGAUGAGGCGCGGCCCAACACCAUAGAUUUUGGCAAGGACGACCAGCACUUCACAGUCACCGGCCUGCACAAGGGGGCCACCUACAUCUUCCGGCUUGCUGCCAAGAACCGGGCUGGCCCAGGGGAAGAGUUUGAGAAGGAGAUCACAACUCCUGAGGACGCACCCAGCGGCUUCCCCCAAAACCUGCAAGUGGUAGGGCUGACCACGUCCACCACAGAACUGACCUGGGACCCCCCGGUGCUGGCGGAGAGGAACGGACGCAUCACCACCUACACCGUGGUGUACCGUGACAUCAAUAGCCAGCAGGAGCUGCAGAAUGUCACUGCCGACACCCACUUUACACUCUCCGGCCUCAAGCCGGAUACCACUUAUGAUGUCAAGGUCCGUGCACACACCAGCAAAGGCGCUGGCCCGCUCAGCCCCAGCAUCCAGUCCCGGACCGUGCCCGUGGAGCAAGUGUUUGCCAAGAACUUCCGUGUGGCUGCCGCAAUGAAAACAUCUGUGCUGCUCAGCUGGGAGGUCCCUGACUCCUACAAGUCGGCUGUACCAUUCAAGAUCCUGUACAACGGGCAGAGCGUGGAGGUAGAUGGGCACUCGAUGCGGAAGCUGAUCGCAGACCUGCAGCCAAACACAGAGUACUCGUUCGUGCUCAUGAACCGUGGCAACAGCGCAGGGGGCCUGCAGCACCUGGUGUCCAUCCGCACAGCCCCCGAUCUCCUGCCAAACAAGCCAUUGCCAGCCUCUGCCUACAUAGAGGAUGGCCGCUUCACACUCUCCAUGCCCCACGUGCAAGAUCUCUCACUCAUCCGGUGGUUCUACAUCGUGGUGGUACCCAUUGACCGUGUGGCUGGGAGCAUGCUGGCACCCCGAUGGAGCACACCCGAGGAGCUGGAGCUGGACGAGCUUUUGGAGGCCAUCGAGCAGGGCGGCGGGGAGCAUCAGCGGCAGCGGCGACAGACAGAGCGGCUGAAGCCAUACGUGGCUGCUCAGGUGGACGUGCUCCCCGAGACCUUCACCCUUGGGGACAAGAAGAAUUACCAGGGUUUCUACAACCGGCCCCUCUCUCCGGACCUGAGCUAUCAGUGCUUCGUGCUCGCCUCCCUCAAGGAACCUGUGGAUCAGAAGCGCUAUGCCUCAAGCCCCUACUCUGAUGAGAUCGUGGUCCAGGUGACAACAGCCCAGCAGCAGGAAGAGCCCGAGAUGCUGUGGGUGACUGGCCCCGUCCUGGCGGUCAUCCUCAUCAUCCUCAUCGUAAUCGCCAUCCUCCUGUUCAAGAGGAAAAGGACCCACUCCCCAUCAUCCAAGGAUGAGCAGUCAAUCGGACUGAAGGACUCUCUACUGGCCCACUCCUCCGACCCUGUAGAGAUGCGGAGGCUCAACUACCAGACGCCAGGUAUGCGAGACCACCCACCCAUCCCCAUCACUGACCUGGCAGACAACAUCGAGCGCCUCAAAGCCAAUGAUGGCCUCAAGUUCUCCCAGGAAUAUGAGUCCAUUGACCCUGGACAACAGUUCACAUGGGAGAAUUCCAACCUGGAGGUGAACAAGCCCAAGAACCGAUAUGCCAAUGUCAUCGCCUACGACCACUCUCGAGUCAUCCUCACUUCCAUUGAUGGUGUCCCGGGGAGUGAUUACAUUAAUGCCAACUACAUCGAUGGCUACCGCAAGCAGAAUGCCUACAUUGCCACGCAGGGCCCACUGCCUGAGACCAUGGGCGAUUUCUGGCGGAUGGUGUGGGAGCAGCGCACGGCCACUGUGGUCAUGAUGACGCGGCUGGAGGAAAAGUCCCGGGUAAAGUGCGACCAGUACUGGCCAGCCCGUGGCACAGAGACCUACGGCCUCAUUCAGGUCACCCUGCUGGACACAGUGGAGCUGGCCACAUACACCGUGCGCACCUUCGCACUCCACAAGAGUGGCUCCAGUGAGAAACGGGAGCUGCGUCAGUUCCAGUUCAUGGCCUGGCCAGACCACGGGGUCCCUGAGUACCCAACCCCCAUCUUGGCCUUCCUACGGCGAGUCAAGGCCUGCAACCCCCUAGAUGCAGGGCCCAUGGUGGUGCACUGCAGCGCGGGUGUGGGCCGCACAGGCUGCUUCAUCGUUAUUGACGCCAUGCUGGAGCGGAUGAAGCAUGAGAAGACAGUGGACAUCUAUGGCCACGUGACAUGCAUGAGAUCACAGAGGAACUACAUGGUGCAGACAGAGGACCAGUACGUAUUCAUCCACGAGGCGCUGCUGGAGGCCGCCACCUGUGGACACACGGAGGUGCCCGCCCGCAACCUCUACGCCCACAUCCAGAAGCUGGGCCAAGUGCCUCCUGGGGAGAGUGUGACUGCCAUGGAACUCGAGUUCAAGUUGCUGGCCAGCUCCAAGGCCCAUACAUCCCGCUUCAUCAGCGCCAACCUGCCCUGCAACAAGUUCAAGAACCGCCUGGUGAACAUCAUGCCCUACGAAUUGACCCGGGUGUGUCUGCAGCCCAUCCGUGGUGUGGAGGGUUCCGACUACAUCAAUGCCAGCUUCCUGGAUGGUUACAGGCAGCAGAAGGCUUACAUAGCCACACAGGGGCCUCUGUCGGAGAGCACCGAGGACUUCUGGCGCAUGCUCUGGGAGCACAACUCCACCAUCAUCGUCAUGCUGACCAGGCUUCGGGAGAUGGGCCGGGAGAAAUGCCACCAGUACUGGCCAGCAGAGCGCUCUGCUCGCUACCAGUACUUUGUUGUUGACCCAAUGGCUGAGUACAACAUGCCCCAGUAUAUCCUGCGUGAGUUCAAGGUCACAGACGCCCGGGAUGGGCAGUCACGGACAAUCCGGCAGUUCCAGUUCACGGACUGGCCGGAGCAGGGUGUCCCCAAGACUGGAGAGGGCUUCAUUGACUUCAUCGGCCAGGUGCACAAGACCAAGGAGCAGUUUGGACAAGAUGGACCCAUCACAGUGCACUGCAGUGCUGGCGUGGGGCGCACCGGGGUGUUCAUCACCUUAAGCAUCGUCCUGGAGCGGAUGCGCUACGAGGGCGUGGUGGACAUGUUCCAGACCGUGAAGACCCUGCGCACACAGCGCCCCGCCAUGGUGCAGACGGAGGACCAGUACCAGCUGUGCUACCGUGCGGCCCUGGAGUACCUCGGCAGCUUUGACCACUAUGCAACGUAACUACCGCUCCCCUCUCCUCCGGUGCCCCCACCUGGGGGCUCCGGAGGGGACCCAGCUCCUCUGAGCCAUACCGACCAUCGUCCAGCCCUCCUGCACGGACGCUGUUGCUGGCAGAGCACAGCCCACUGGGAUCACAGUGUUUCAGGAACAUCGCCACACCACAUGGAGAGCCCAGAAGGUCCCUGGGCAAGCGGGUGGGCCGGCAGGCAGGCACCGUGGCCUGUUUCUAUCCACAGGCCGCCCCAGCCCGCUUCGGCUCUCUGUCCCGCUGCCGCGUUUCUCAUGCUUCUUCUCAUGGGGUGGGAAUGGGGCAAAGCCUCCUUUUUUAUACAGUAGGUGGGGUAGACUGAGGGUUCUCGCCUCUUCCCUCUGAUCUUUCCUUUUGCAAAUCUGUCACUGCAGAGUGGGCCUCUGGGGCCAGGGGUUUAGUUUGUUUUCUCUUUUUGAGUUGACUUUGGAUCCUUUUUUGUACGACUUUAACUGCUGAAGGACACAGAACAUGCCUCCUCGCAUGUGUGGAACUGGGGUCACCAGCCCAAGCGGAGGCCUCACUGAUCGGCUGUUCAGACAAGAUCCUAUUUCAGCCAAAUGCAGGGAAACACAAUUUUUUUUUAAAGUUUGUUUUGUUUUUCCUUACGAGCCUUUUUUUAGGCCCCACAGACAGUGGUGGGCGGGGAGGAGAUAGGAAACACUCAUCCCCAGUUGUCUAUUCCAGUGUGUGUUUAACAUUCACAGCCCAGAACCACAGGCGUGUCUGGGGGAGCCUGGCAAGGCGUUCCUCAUCACCAUAGUGUUUGCAAAGGUUAAAAAAAGCAAAGACAAAAAACAAACAAAAAAAUCCACAAAAAGAAAAAGAAAAAAAAGUCGUCCCCCAGCCUCUGCCCCGGGCCCCAAGAGGGGCCGCGGCUCCAAGUGCCUGGGGUUCCCAAGGGAGAUGCCAGCUGACCUCUCGUCCCCAGCAUUGCAGUAUGGCGUGGCGUUGGUAGGUUGUGGGUCUGAUCGUGUGGCCAAGGUGAUUGGCACAGGUCGGGGCGCCAUGCCCUGCACACCUCAGGACCAAGCAGGGGCAAGGCUGGCCCUUCAGGUCCAGGCCAGUGGGCCUGGAAGCACAUGUCUGUCCUCAGAAGAAAGGACAGGUGAUUUCCCUCCCUGGUUUGCAGCUGUUUCAAAGCCCCUAAGAAUCGCUCUUUUCCACUCCUUCAAGAUGCCCUCAUAAACCAAUGUGGCAAGACUACUGGAUUUCUCUCAAUGGUACUAUAAUCAAUCCUUAUUAUCUCGGCUUGCUGAGGGGCAGGGAGAGGGCCUCUUCCUCUGGGCAGCACUAUCUAGGUAGGUAAGUGGGGGCGGGGAAGGGUGCAUAGCUGUUUUAGCCAAGGGACGUGAUGCAGACGUCCCCAGAACUAGCUAGGCUCAGUCAAGAUCAACAAUCCAGGGUUGGUAAUGUUGGAUGAAACAUUCAUUUUUACCUUGUGGAUGCUAGUGCUGUAGAGUUCACUGUUGUACACAGUCUGUUUUCUAUUUGUUAAGAAAACUACAGCAUCAUUGCAUAAUUCUUGAUGGUAAUAAAUUUGAAUAAUCAGAUUUCUUACAAA